AUGGCGCUCGGGGGUGAGCCUGUAGGGUGUCCGGUGGGUCGGGGUUACCGGUGGAUCGGGGUUUCCGGUGGGUCGGAGUUACCGGUGGAUCGGGGUUUCCGAGGCUGUGGGGCUGUGAGGCUGUGGGACUCGGAGGUUGUGCGGCUGUGCGGCUGCGGGGCUGCGGGGCUGCGGGACUCGGAGGCUGUGCGGCUGCGGGGCUGCGGGACUCGGGGGCUGCGGGGCUGCGGGGCUGGAAGUAAGAGAUCGGCCAAUCAGGAUGGGUCUUCCCACGAGGAGCUGCCCAAUCAUCUUCUUUCUUAUCCUCUACGGAGCCGCACAGGCUCGCUAUCGCUUUGUAGCCGUGUCCUCCUGUCCUCCCAGGAAGUAGACAAAGUGAAGACGCUGGAUCUGGCGCGCUGGGCAUUCGACGACCAGUAUGUCGGCUGCAGAGGGGCCAUGGAACGUCAACUCGAUGCGGACGGAACGCUCGACAAGGAGAAGCAGAAGUCCAGAGGCUUUCGGCGGGCUUGGGACGAAGCGGAAACCAUAUGGAGAACGCAGAAGAAACACAAGGUGGCCGCUGAGCUUCCUGCCGAGUUCACCGACCGCCACGGGACGGCCUUGGUGACCUACUCGGGAUUUAUAAGCGAAGCCUUCGAUGACGCUGUGAGAUCAGGCGGGAGAUCGUACGAUCAUUACAUGGAAAACUUCCACUUCAAGAGCCUUCACUACUACCUGACCACCGCCAUUCAGCUUCUGUCGGGCGACUGCCGCCGCGUGGAGCACCUCGUGUACAGAGCCGUCCAUGGCGUGGUCUUUAAGCCACGUUACGGGCCCUCCAACGGCACGCAGGUCGUCAGGUUUGGGCAGUUCCUGCCCGCGACUCUCGACGAUGCCGCGUCCUACAGCAACGACACCCAGUUCACCAUAAACAGCUGCUUCGGCGUCAACGUGGUGAGCUUCUCGCAGUUCCCGCAGGAGCAAUGGGUGGUGAUCCCGGGGUACGAGGUCUUCAGAGUAGACGCGCCUGAAGGAGAGACCGCCGCGUUCGGUCUGACCAGCACCGGGAAACGAUGCAGCAAUUUCAACUGCGCUUACCUGAGAGGUAACGGAUCCGCUCAGACACUGGAUCACUGCCUCUACAACUCGGGUUGGAUCCCCACGCUCAGGAACGUACAUCUUCUUGUUGUCUUGUUAUGUUCUUCUGCUGUCCAGCUCCUCUCCUCCGUGUAACAAAUUACUCACCGUCUCUGUGUGACCUCAUCGGGCAAUUAACAUAAUUUAGGGGCAUUUGGCGGAAUUUACUAAGAAAAGAGGGACUGGCCAAACUGAACAGGGACACUUGGCAUGGAUGAUCUAAUCUCAUUGGCUGCUGGCCUGGGGCAGAAUUUCUCGCGGCUCAAGAUCCGGCUGCUGAGAGCUCUCGGCAUUUAUACCGCGCGGCCCUUGCGAAAUAUUUUACACAGAGAUGUUCUGCUCGAUGCUCUUAAAGAAUGCUUGGAUUUUUCUGGUGAUUGUUAUUUGACCGAAAAAGAUAAUUUUGGGUUAGAAAUGGCAUUAAAAAGUGAAACUGAAUCCCCCGGCGUAAUAAAAUGGCGCCAGAUACCCUCCCAACCGCCAUCGCCUAGCCUCCGUUGCUAAUCGCAGUACCGGUGAUCAGCCUGCAGGGGGCUUCAGAGGUCCGUCUGACAUUCUAACAAAAGGCCUCGGUCAGGGGGCCCAAGGCCAGAUUAAGGACCUUGGGGCCCUGGAGCAUUUAUACAAAAAGGGCCCCUAUUUUCUUGUACCCAGUUAAGUUAUGAAUAAAGGAUAAUGAAUGUGAAAA